GCGCCGGCCUCGCGCAACCUCUCGCGGCGCUCGUCCCGGGCUCGGGGCGGCUCCCGCGUUCGGCCCGCUUCCGCAGCGGCCUGGCCCGAUGGCGCCUCAGCGGAGGGGCGCGCCCAAGGCGCCCGAGGGCAGCGGGGCGACGGAGCGCCGGCGCCCGAGCAGCACGAAGAGUGUCCGGGCCCCACGGGAGGUGCCGAGGAAGUGGCUGAGAACCGCCGUCCCAGGGGCCUGUGCCGUGCUUGCCGGGCUGCUGCUCUGGGGCAGUCUGGGGGGUGAUGGUGGCAUCACUGAGGUCCUGGCUCACCGUGGUGAGAUGCUACCAGGCAGGUUCAUCGAGGUGCCCUGCUCAGACGACUAUGACAGUCACCGAAGGUUUGAAGGCUGCUCGCCUAGGAAGUGUGGCCGGGGCAUCACUGACACCGUCAUCACCAGGGACGAAGCCCAGCGGAUUCGCAGCAUAGCCGAGAAGGGGCUGUCCCUGGGAGGAUCUGACGGAGGGGCGUCCAUCUUGGACUUGCACUCAGGAGCCCUGUCUGUCGGGAAGCACUUUGUGAACCUGUACAGAUACUUUGGAGACAAAAUACAAACCGUCUUCUCAGAAGAGGACUUCCAGUUGUACAGGGACGUGCGGCAGAAGGUCCAGCUCACGAUCGCCCAGGCUUUUGGCAUCAGUGCAUCUUCGCUGUACCUGACAAAGCCCACAUUCUUCUCCCGCAUCAACAGCACCCAAGCCCGGACGGCUCACGACGAGUAUUGGCACGCACACGUGGACAAGGUGACCUACGGCUCCUUCGAUUACACCUCACUGCUCUACCUCUCCGACUACCUGGACGACUUCGGCGGGGGCCGGUUUGUGUUCAUGGAGGAGGGGGCCAACAAGACGGUGGAGCCGAGAGCAGGUCGGGUGUCCUUCUUCACCUCGGGGUCCGAGAACCUGCACCGUGUGGAGAAGGUCCACUGGGGCACCCGUUACGCCGUCACCAUCGCCUUCACCUGCAACCCAGACCACGGCAUUGCAGACCCCGUGCUCACGUAGCCCCGGCCACGGCGCCCUCCCUGGGAGCAGCCACGCCGGACAGAUGCCCCUGCCGCCGGUUCGGCCCAUUUCCACUGAACAAGGUGCCUUAUGAAUCACCCGGAUGUUGAUUUGCUGCUGUACUAAUCGUUUCUCGUCUGUAAGUAAAUUAGGGGAAGCGGCUCUUCACCUGCCAAGCA